AUGACAUCGCGACACCGACACAGACGCAUUCCGUCUUCUGGUAGCGCUACCACGACACAAACCACCGCGUCAACGGCGUCUACAACAGUACAGGCACUGAAUGCCCACAGGAUGGCUCCCUCACAGCCCUCCUCUGCCCUCCCUUCAGUACGAAGGACACUUUUCAACUCCGGAAGCACUCAUACAAGCCGGCGGCCAGCGUCGACUACCUCUUCCUCUACCGCGACGGAUAACCACUCUUCCAUGCCAACGGAUACAGCCACAAGCUCGAAUGGAAGCUCAAACGCUCUUGGAGGAAACAGGCCAUCCAAAUCGAUAUCUAAACUUGGCACAUCUUUAUCCGCAUCUUCUUUAGAUAGUGGUGAUAUUGUUGCGCGUGACAAGAAUGGGUGUUACAAAGUGGAUAUCCCGAUCUUACCGCCCGGCGUGUUUGGAGAAGAAGGUGAGGGUGGUGAUUCAAUGGAAGGGAUAGAACAUUCAGGGGGUGCAGAGAUGCCAAUUGAAGAGGGAGGCGAGCUUGCGGGAAGGGAUAAAGAAAAAAUCGAUGCCAGCUUUGUUGAAAUGAUGCGUCACAACAGGAGCCGACAUGUCAAUGGUGAACCCUCUGAGGUUUUUCUAUUAGUUCAGCAAAACCUAAGGGACAGAGUACUAGGACUUGAUGAGGACAAAUGGAUGUUCGAGGUCGAUGAGGAAAUCAAACUCUAG